AGAGAGGGUGGCACAAGACCCGGGUUACCACUGCCGAGAACCCGCACAGCCCGGGGCGGCCGCCUGCCGAAGGCCUGGUGCACGGCUCUGCUCCGUCCGGGGCCGUGGGGGGCACGAGGGUGGGACCGGGGCUGGGCUUGGAGCCCUGUCCGCAUGUGUUCCCUGCCCCUCCCUCGCGGCUUGGGGUCAGGCUCAAGGCCAGGCGCGUGGGGCCUGGGCCCUGGGGCGUUUGCAAGGGCAGGGCACACAGCCUCGUCCUGGCUGCCUCAGACCCACCUGCCCGCCUAGGGCGGCUCCUCCUCCCAGAAGCCUGAGCAGCCCCCGGGGAGCUUGGAUGACCUCGGCCUGCCGGGACUGGUGGCCAGUGGGGGCACUGCUGCCGGGAGCCGUCAGCCCAAACCAAGCCCCCAGGCCCCGGCUACCCCAGCCCGGGCUGUGCCGCCUGCGUGGGUGGCCAACCCCCCUCGUCCAGUCAUGGGGGAGUCUGCACUGGGCGGCGAGUGCAUGGCCCAGUCCCCAUCGGUCCCCGUGGGCUGCGGGUCACCAGGGGCUUCCCCAUUAGCAGAAAGGGUUGUCCUGACCCCGGGACCCGCUGGCAGGUCGUGACCCUGAGGAUUGAGGGGACAGUUGUGGGAUUUUCUCCCUGAGGAAACAGGAUGCCGGCUGGUUACUUGGCCAGAUGCAGAGCCUGAGCCCCCGCCUCCCCUGGACGUGCUGACCCGGGGGCGGGGGUGGACCUGCCCUGGGGAGACCCCGGCCGGCCAGCCCAGCCCCCUCCUCUGACCUGCUGGGGAGGCCCCGGCAGCUUUGAUCCAGCCUGCUGGCCGGCGGGAGGAGGGGCUCCUUUAAGCAGCUCUCCCGCCAGAGUGGGCCCUGCCCUGCCCCGCCCCUGUGACCCUCUGGCCAGUGUCUUCUGUGCUCCUGGGCCUUUGCCCCUCCCCGCCCCCUCCGCUAGCCCCUGCCCUGUGCUGACCACAGAGGGGCCCGGCAGGGGAGGGGCCGGCGCCACAUGCAGACUGGCUCCAGGCUGGAGAGGCCCCGACCUAACCCAGCCCCUGGCGCUGUGGUGUCCCGACCAAGCAUCUGCCCUGGGCUCCCCCCUCGGGGGCCGGGGAGAGCCCCGGGGAGCAGCCAGGGGCCCGGGAAGGUAGAUGCCUUCAGGGAGGAGGCUCGGCAGGGCCUGAGGAGGGCCUGGUGGUCACGUCCCCUGGCCCCCGGCCCGGCGGUCCCCAUGCUGGCCCCGAGGCCACUCCUGCUGCUGCUCCUCGUGCUUGGGCCGACCUCGGGGGCCAGCAUGCCGCCGGGACCCAGGAGCCAUCCGGGCAUGUGCCCCAACCAGCUCAGCCCCAACCUGUGGGUGGACGCCCAGAGCACCUGUGAGCGUGAGUGCAUCGGCGACCAGGACUGCGCCGCUGCCGAGAAGUGCUGCACCAACGUGUGCGGGCUGCAGAGCUGCGUGGCGGCGCGCUUCCCCGACGGCGGCCCCACCGCACCCGCGCCGCCUGCCUCCUGCGAGGGCUUCGCGUGCCCCCAGCAGGGCUCCGACUGCGACAUCUGGGAUGGGCAGCCUGUGUGUCGCUGCCGGGACCGCUGUGAAAAGGAGCCCAGCUUCACCUGUGCCUCGGAUGGCCUCACCUACUACAACCGCUGCUACAUGGACGCCGAGGCCUGCCUGCGUGGCCUCCGCCUGCGCGUCGUGCCCUGCAAGCAUGUGCUCAGCUGGCCGCCCAGCAGCCCGGGGCCGCCCGAGACCACGGCCCGCCCACCGCCUGGGGCCGCGCCCGUGCCGCCCGCGCUCUACAGCAGCCCCGCCCCUCAGGCCGUGUUCGAGGGUGGCACGGCCAGCCUGCACUGCGACGUCAGCGGCCGCCCGCCGCCCGCCGUGACCUGGGAGAAGCAGAGCGACCAGCAGGAGACCCUCAUCAUGCGGCCGGACCAGAUGUACGGCAACGUGGUGGUGACGAGCAUUGGGCAGCUGGUGCUGUACAACGCGCGGCCCGAGGACGCCGGCCUCUACACCUGCACCGCCCGCAACGCUGCCGGCCUGCUGCGCGCCGACUUCCCGCUGUCCGUGGUGCGGCGCGACGCAGCCCGGGACGCAGCGCCUGCGCCCUCUGCCCCAGCUAAGUGCCUGCCCGACCCGCGGGCCUGCGCCGGCGCGCCCUCCGGCCUGGUGCUCUGGCACUUCGACCCACAGCGCGGGGGCUGCAUGACCUUCCCCGAGUGCGGCUGCGACGGCGGCGGCCGGGGCUUUGAGACGUACGAGGCGUGCCAGCAGGCCUGCGCCCGGGGCCCCGGUGACGCCUGUGUGCUGCCCGCCGUGCAGGGCCGCUGCCAGGGCCAGGAGGCGCGCUGGGCCUACAGCCCACUGCUGCAGCAGUGCCACCCGUUCGUGUAUGGCGGCUGUGAGGGCAACAGCAACAACUUCGAGAGCCGCGCGAGCUGCGAGGACGCCUGCCCCGUGCCGCGCACGCCGCCCUGCCGGGCCUGCCGCCUGCGGAGCAAGCUGGCACUGAGCCUGUGCCGCAGCGACUUCGCCAUCGUGGGGCGGCUCACAGAGGUGCUGGAGGAGCCCGACGUGGGGGGUGGCGGCAUCGCCCGCGUGGCCCUGGACGAGGUGCUCAAGGACGACAAGAUGGGCCUCAGGUUCUUGGGCACCAAGUACCUGGAGGUGACGCUCAGCGGCAUGGACUGGACCUGUCCCUGCCCCAACGUGACGGCCGGCGACGGCCCGCUCGUCAUCAUGGGGGAGGUGCGAGACGGUGUGGCCGUGCUGGAUGCAGGCAGCUACGUCCGCGCCGCAAGCGAGAAGCGCGUCAAGAAGAUCUCAGAGCUGCUGGAGAAGAAGGCCUGCGAGCUGCUGAAUCGCUUCCAGGACUAGCCCCCCGCACCCCCAACCCCUCGCCCGUGUCCGCUCCGCCUACCCCACCCCACCCCCCUGAAUAAAGCCUGUGUUCUCCA